AUGCCAACAGUGGAGACGGAGUUUAAUGUCAGCGACAUCCAGAAAACCUUGUUCAUGUGCUCAUUGUAUGUUACACUUGGUAUGUUAACGUUUACCAUGAUUUUGCAAGUUUGUUUGCAGCUUUUUACAUUGUUUAUUGUCUUUGAAUAGCUAAUUAGUACUGAUGCUUCGUUGUUUAUUCUAGUUUAAGGUUAUUUAGUAUUAAAGUAAAUAAAUUGAAAUGGUCGAAAGCAUGAGUUAAACUAGUUAAAAUAAGGCCGUUCUGAGUAGUUUUUGAUUAAAUUAUUGUUAAAAUUGUUAGAAACUUGAGUUUAAUUGUUUUUGAAUUAACUUUUUAAAAGUAUUAGUCAUUCGACCAAAACAAUAUUCAAAAACAACGUCAUGUAUAAUAGGUACCCCAGCUUCUAUUGAAGUUUAACCCCAAAGGUGUCUGCCUCCCUUCUAUUCUAAUGUUUCAGGCACGGUAGCAGUAACAGCGAACCUGUUGAACAUGAUGAUGUUCCUCACUCACCGUGAGCUCCGUACCAACCACAUCUUCCUGAUUGCGCUGGAUUUCGGCGAGAUGAUAAACGGCUUGUCGUACGUGCUGACAGGGAUUGGCCGAGGGACCCACGCCCUGCAAGGAGAUUAUGGUCAGCCCAUUUCGGUGCACGAGUGUUUCUUCCACAAGUAUUGGCCCGUCUUCCUCAUAAUGGGCACCGAAAUACCCGCGUUGAUGACGAUGUUACAGAGCUUCGAGCGGGUCGUGGCGGUGGAGAAGGCGUCGUUGUACAAUAAGAUAUUCAUCGCUGACUUCAAGCCUUAUUGGAUUAUGGUCGUUUUUGGGACUGAAAUGGUAAAUAUUUUUUAAACUACUUAAAACUUUAAAAUUAAGUUAAAUUUUAUAAUUAUAUGGCCUAAAGGCUUAAAAAUUAUUUAUUUUUCGAAUUGGAAAUUCAGUUUAAAACUUUAAAUUUUUUUUAUUUUUGCAGGUAUUCAUACUAACAGCAGCACUGUCAUCAUGGCAUAACGCCAGAAUUAACUCAGAUAAACAUUGUGCCAUUAUCAGUUCCACUGCAGGGUUUUACAGUACUUUUCACUUUUUAUUCAUUGUUAUGGCUUAUAUGGUCAGCUUUGUCUCACUCUACACGAUAUACCACUUUAGUCAGGUAUGGUUUGCAAUUUUUGAUUGAAAAUUAUUUUUUUUUCAUAAAAUGAUAUUUUCAAACCAAAGUUUUUAUCCAACAUUAUCCAUUAAAAUUCAAAAUUUUGAUCCCUGCCAUUCUGGUAUUGUGCUUCAAUCGAUUGUUACCUAAAAACCUUCAGAAAAGGAAAAAAGAGCAAGAGAAGACAGUAAUGUCGAGCAACAACAACAAGGCAGACAAACAGCUCAAAGUGUUCAUGAUCAUGACAGCCAUGGACAUUGUGUUAGUCUUCAUUCCGGGGUUUGUAAUGCUCGGGGCGAAAUGGCAGUUCUUUGCUCCGAACGAUAUUACAGUAUCCUUAACUUACUCUACCACUGGCUUCAUUUCAUUGGUCCACAUCUUCAUCAACUACUACUUCAACGAGCAAUUUCGUCGACAAGUUCGUUGGUGGAGGAACAAGGUCAUGGGAAAAUCUCCGCCAGAGCCGAGCCGGAUGAAUGUUACGGUAAUGGCGGUUACUGUAACACCCAAGAGGACUGUAACACAUUUUAACAAUAAAACAAUAUAA